AUGUUCGCUAAAGCAGAGGAAACUCAAUCCCCAAAGUUCGCCUUAGAACACCACAUCUCCAAGAGAGCGGGCUCUAGAACGCUCACGCACUUCAGUUUCAACGAUGCCCCAGAGGGCCUUGUGAGACACCCGAACCCAAUUUUGCUCGGUCCUGGCUGUCCACAUGCCGGUUUCUUCCCAAUUGAGUUCAUUGAUAUUCACUUGGUCGAUGAGCCCUUUCAGGGCUCGUACGGGACCAACUAUCAUUCAGCUGCAGGCGGCAUUUCUCCCACCACACCUGGCACUGCCAAUGUGGCCACGGUUCCAAGAACUAAGAGGGAUGACACGGACAUCGCUAUUAGUGACGGUUUGCAGUACUCUGCGAUUGAGGGUAUGGGUCCGAUCUUGAGGUUUUCCCGCGACUUGAUCACCAGAUGCCACAAGCCUGCAUACGACGAGUGGGAUGUUCUGAUGACCAAUGGGGCAUCCAGUGGUUUGGCCAAGGCUGCCGAUUUGUUGUUGAAUCCAGGAGAUACCAUUUUGGUGGAAGAAUUCACCUUUACUCCAUUCUUGGCCAAUAUCAAAGAAACUGGUGGUGUUCCCAUCCCAGUCAAGUUGACCGUCAAGAACAAGGGUGAGGGGAUUGAUAUCGCAUAUUUGGCGGAUUUAUUGGGAAAUUGGACGGCUUACUACCCAGACCAUCCUAAGCCAAAGGUAUUAUACACCAUCCCUACUGGCCAGAACCCUCUCGGUAUCACCCUGAGCUUGGAGACCAGAAAGGCGAUCUACACCUUGGCUCAGCAACAUGACUUGACCAUUAUUGAGGACGACCCAUACGGAUACAUCUCUCUUCCGAGUUACGAAAAGGUUCUCAGCAACCCAGAAAAGCUGCUCGAAAUUACCAUAGAAGAAUACUUGAAGACGGAGCUCGCCCCGUCCUACUUGACACUUGACACGGAAGGCAGGGUCUUGAGAGUUGAAACCUUCUCAAAGCUUUUCGGGCCGGGCUUGAGAUUAGGAUUCAUUGUAGCCCACAAGCGUUUCAGUAAGGUUAUGGCUGAAUACUCCACUAUCACCACCAGAUCCCCUUCUGGCCCGUCCCAGUUCUUGGUGAACAGUGUGGCUCAGAAGUUAGGGGGUGUAGAUGGCUGGCUCCAGUGGAUCCUCAAGGUGAGAGCUGCCUAUGCCCACAGAAAGAAGCUCUUUUUGGACCAUUUAUACUCGUCCCCAGCUUUCCAAAAGGGCUACUUGACCCCCAUCGAGCCUGCCGCCGGAAUGUUUAUCUCUGUUAUUUUGAACAUCCCAGAAACGUACUCCAGAGCGGAUUAUCCUAAAUUAACCACUAAACUCGGAUAUAAGUCCAUUACUAACGGUGUCGCGAUUGUUUUAGGAAAAAACAUGGCUUUCAGCCUGAUUUCUGACGAAUCAACCAACUUUGUCAGGUUGACAUUUGCUUCCGUGCAAAAUGAUGAGGAGCUUGUUGAGGCCGUGAGAAGAUUCACAUUAUCGGUGGAACAGUUUGGAGAUGAAUUAUAA